AUGGCCCCUAUCACUGAAGAGACCGUCUCCGGUCUGAAGAACACCAUCGGCCAGCUGGAGGCCAAGGUUGUUGAGCUGGAGCAGCGCUUGGUCAAUGGCGACGAGAAGCCCAAGUCCCUGACCGAGCAGAUGCGCAUCAUUCUGAUGGGUCCCCCUGGUGCCGGCAAGGGUACCCAAGCCCCGAACAUCAAGGACAAGUACUGCGUGUGCCACCUGGCUACCGGCGACAUGCUGCGCUCACAGGUCGCGAAGAAGACCGACCUCGGAAAAGAGGCUAAGAAGAUUAUGGACCAGGGUGGCCUUGUCAGCGAUGAGAUCAUGGUCAACAUGAUCAAGAGCGAGCUGGAGAACAACUCUGAGUGCAAGAAUGGUUUCAUCCUGGACGGAUUCCCUCGCACAGUCGCUCAGGCCGAGCGUCUGGAUGAUAUGCUUAACGCCCGCCAGCAGAAGCUCCAGCACGCCGUCGAGCUGCAAAUCGACGACGCUCUCCUCGUUGCCCGUAUCACUGGCCGUCUGGUUCACCCUGCCUCCGGCCGCUCUUACCACAAAAUCUUCAACCCUCCCAAGUCCGACAUGGCUGAUGAUAUCACUGGCGAGCCUUUGAUCCAGCGCUCCGACGACAACGCCGAGACUCUGACCAAGCGCCUGGCUACCUACCACUCCCAGACCUCUCCUGUCUGCGACUACUACAAGAAGACCGGUGUCUGGCGCGGCAUUGACGCCAGCCAGGAGCCUGGUCAGGUCUGGAAGAGCCUGCUGGGUGUCUUCCACAAGAACUAA